GUGGUGACUUGUGGUGUGGCGAAAAUAAAUAAAUCGCCGCAUUUUCAGAAAACUUUGACCCGUGGAAGAAUUUUAUAAAUACAAUCUAGACAAGAAAAUACAAAGCCAAAAUGGUGUCAAAGAAAAAGAAGAAGUAUUCCUCGGGAGAAGGAGCCCAGUUUAUGACAAGGAAAGCGGCGCUUAAGAAAUUACAACUAUCGCUGAAAGAUUUCAGACGUAUUUGCAUUCUCAAAGGCAUUUAUCCGCGCGAACCUCGGAACCGCAAAAGAGCUCAAAAGGGCCAAGGAGGAAUCAAAACACUCUACCACACUAAGGAUAUCAAAUUCCUACUCCACGAACCCAUAAUAUGGAAGCUACGAGAGCUAAAGGUGUACCAACAAAAAAUUCGCCGAGCACGUGCAAUGAGAGAGUAUCGACAAAUGAGAAAGUAUUUACGUGACUACCCAGAUAUGAGCAUUGACCACAUAGUCAAGGAGCGGUAUCCUACAUUUGUAGAUGCACUACGAGACUUGGAUGACUGUCUCACAUUAUGUUUCCUGUUCAGCACCUUUCCUUCACUAAACAGAGUGCCUAGAGACCAGUCCAUGAUGUGCAGAAGGCUCACAGUGGAGUUCAUGCAUGCAGUAAUUGCUGCAAAAGCACUUCGUAAAGUAUUUGUGUCUGUAAAAGGGUAUUAUUACCAAGCAGAACUUGAAGGCCAAACUAUAACAUGGAUAGUCCCACAUCACUUUUCAUUCCAGCCACAAAACAAGGAUGAAGUAGACUUCAAAAUCAUGUCAACAUUUGUGGAAUUUUACACAAUGUUGCUUGGAUUUGUGAAUUUCAAGUUGUUCCAUUCCCUGAACUUGGUGUAUCCUCCGAAACUGACAGCCAGUUUGACAGCAGACUCAGAGAAAGACCUAAUUGAUGAACAUGCUUAUGUAGCAGAGCGAAUAGCUGCUAUGAACAUGACGUUAGCAAAAAUUGCUGGGUCAAAUGACGCUGAGGAACUCCCAGAAAUAGACAUCUUCAACACUGAAGAUGAAGACCCUCAAAAACUAGAGGAAGCUAAACUUGAAGCUGAGAAAGUAAAAAAACUAAAAACACUAUUCAAGGGACAGAAAUUCUUCAUUAACAGAGAAGUGCCAAGAGAACCUUUGGUGUUCAUCAUCCGUUGCUUUGGUGGUGAAGUCUCAUGGGACCGUGACCAUUUUGUCGGUGCUACCUUUGAUGAGUCUGAUGAAUCUAUCACAUACCAGAUCGUGGACAGACCGAGUAUGGAUAAGCAGUACUUGUCCCGGUAUUACAUUCAGCCACAAUGGGUGUUUGACAGUGUGAAUGCCAGAACUCUCCUACCAAUCAACAACUACCUGAUGGGAGCGGUGCUGCCUCCUCACUUGUCACCGUUUAUUGACAAAAUCAAGGAUCAAAUAUACAUGCCACCAGAACAAAGGGCUCUUAAUGAUCCUGACUUCAAACCUCUGACUGAAGAUCCAUCAGGCAGUGAAGUUGAGGAAGCCAGUGACGAAGACAAAGAAGAACAAGAGGAACCAGAGUCAGAUGGUGAUGCUGAACAAGCCCUGACACGGCAAUACCAGCAGGAAGUGGAGGAAGACUCCCCUUCUGAAGAUGAGGAGCAAGACACUGAAGCAGACCCUGAGAAGAAGAAACUGGCAAAGGAAAAGAAAAAAGCAAUGGCUGUCACAACCGGAGUGCCUCAUAAGGAGAACCCUUAUCAAACACAGAUCGAAGACAAACAGGCAUUCAGACUGCGAGAGAAGCUGGUCCGGAAGAAGCACAGGAACUUGUACAAGAGCAUGAAGGAAGGCCAGGAGAAGAGGAAGAAGGAGAUCUGGUUGCUGAGGAAAAAGAGGCGCCUCCAUGAUGAGAAAGCCAAGGAAGAGAAGAAAGCGGAGAAACAGAAGCAGAGAAAGCAGGCUUUAGAAGCUGCUUCAGCUUGAUAAUCCUCUCUGUUGGAACAAUGUUAUGUAUUAUUUGCAUGGCUACAUACUUUAAUCUCAGGAUUCUUGUGGCAAAGCUCAAACUUUGUUAAAACAUUUAUCUGUACACCAACAGUUUUAACGUAAAACCUAAGCUAUUUUGUAUUAUGAUUUUAGAUGUGUAGCCAAGCAAUAAAAUAUGUUGCAAUUAUUUGUUUGAUGGACAUCUACUAAAUAAAACAUGAAUGUAUAUAAACAA